AUGACAACAACCAAAAUUGCAGACACAGAAGACGUUCUGGGCGCAGCACAGAGGCUGGGUUUCAACAUUCCCCCAGGUCAUGAAGACGACUAUCUAGCGCUGCUUGGGAAAACAGAUGCCCAAUGCGCAUUGAUCUUAGCGCAACCAGAUUACAAACCUAUUCCGGACUAUGAUCAGUACCCUCGUACCGAUGUCCAUUUGCCUGAAGCCUACGAUAAUCAGCUCAAAGCAUGGGCAUGGAGAUGUCAUGCCGGAGAUUCUACAGACACUACAGGGAAGCUACUGAGCGGAAAGACAGUCGUUUUUAAGGACACAGUCUCCAUGGCGGGCGUACCACUUAUGUUUGGCACAGAUGCCUUUAAGGAUUAUACUCCCGACGUCGAUGCCACAGUAGUAUCUCGUGUACUGACCAAUGGUGGACAUAUACUUGGUAAAGCCGCGUGCGAGAAUUUCUCUCACGGAGCCACUUCAUCAUCGUCUCCUUAUGGACCAGUGGAAAACCCAUAUGCCAGAGGGUACACUACCGGAGGCUCGAGCUCAGGCUGUGGUGCUCUAGUGGGCAGCGGGGAAGUUGAUAUGGCGAUAGGAGGGGACCAAGGCGGUUCAAUACGAAUCCCAGCAUCCUUCUGUGGGAUCGUCGGGCUAAAACCAACGUUUGGACUCGUCCCUUACACCGGUGUUCUUUCCUCUGAUGCUGGUACGGACCACGUUGGGCCUAUGACCCAUACUGUCCACGAUUGUGCCGUGUUGCUUCAAGCCAUUGCCGGAUAUGAUGGGAUCGACGAUCGUCAGUUGGGGGCGCCACGCCAUGAGGAUAUUCCCAAGUACGCAGAAAUGCUCCUAGAAGCUCGUAAGACCACCGGCGUACAAAAAAGGAUAGGUGUCUUGAAGGAGGCUAUGGAGGGGAAGCUCGUUGCCGAUAGCGUCAAAAACCUUGUACGCAAAGCUGAAGAUCGUUUCAGGGAGAUGGAAUUAAUCGUGGAAGAAGUCUCUGUGCCCACCUUCUCCUUAGCGCCGGCCCUCUUACACAUCGUCAACAAACUCGCCUCCGGCGGAACUCGACAGGGACGACAAGUUGGAAGACGUGGACUGUAUAUGAACGAUUACUGGGAGCAUCUCCUGCCUUGGGAUCAAGCAAAAUACGAUAAAGCCAAAUAUUUUGUGACCGGUACUGCCAUGUCAUCUGAGUAUGCUUGGACGAAAUAUCCUACUGCAUAUGGACGGGCUAUAAACUUGACGAGGAAAUUAAGGGACGAGUUCAACAAGCUGUUUGAGCAAUAUGAUGCCAUCAUCAUGCCAACCUGCCCGCAGCCUCCACGAAAGCACAUACCUGCGCAUGCAGGGCCAUUAGGGUGGGCUGAUCAUGCUCCUGGAGCUGCUUCCAUCACGGGUGCCUUCAAUUUGACUGGACAUCCCGCUUUGACCAUGCCCAUCGGUUUCUCAUCCCCUAUGCCUGAAGAUCUAGAAGGGGAAGUGGACAAAGAUAUCAAGCUCCCGGUUGGUAUGAUGAUUGUGGGGAAGUGUUUCGAUGAGGCGGGUAUAAUGGGGAUCGCUGACUCUCUAGAAAGAGCUGUGGACUGGAAGACCAUAUUCUGUUAG